AUGAAUUUAUUUGAUGAAUUUUUAAACGCUGUGAAUGAUGUUAAGCUUGGGUUUAUCGUGGCGAUGGUAAUUGGUUAUAGUUUUUACCGUUUUGGCAAGAAAACUAUUCCUAAUACAGUAGAAAAAAAACCUGACGAAGUGGUAAUGGAGGCUAGUGAUAAUGAUGAUUAUAAAAUGGUCUUGGUUGUCAGAAACGAUUUGAAAAUGGGCAAAGGCAAAGUUGCAGCUCAGUGUGCUCAUGCUGCUGUUAGUAAUUACAAAGCUGCUAGAAAACAUCCUAAAAUUUUAGCUGGAUGGGAAGAUUGUGGCCAGAAAAAAAUUGCACUAAAAGUGGACAACGUUGAGCAGCUAGAGGAAAUAGCCAAGAAUGCGAGAGCAGUUGGACUUAUUGCCAGAGUAAUUCAAGAUGCUGGUCACACACAAGUCGAGCCUGGCUCCAAAACAGUCUGUGGUGUUGGUCCUGGUCCUGCUGAUUUAAUUGAUCAAGUAACUGGUCACUUAAAAUUGUAUUAA